GAGCAGGACAUCAGAGUCCAUGAGAGAGGAGGAGCAGGAGGAGCAGUAGAGGAGCGGAAUGGAGGAGGACAAGCAGAACCCGGAGCACCGGAGCAACAAGGUCCCCAGAAGACAAGCAGCAGGCUCGUCCUCUGAUAGCAGCGAUGUUGAGGAACAAAGAGGAAGAGAGGAACUUAUACGUCACCACCGUGACAAAUCCUUCACAACAUCUGGAUCUUUAAAAAUUCAUCAAAGAUUUCAAACUGGAGAGAAACCAUACAGCUGUGACCAUUGUGAGAAAUCAUUUUUGCGCUGCAGUGCCCUCAAAGCCCAUCAACGCAUUCACAUUGAUGGGGAACUGUACAGUUUUUUCCAAAGUGGGAAGGAUUUCACAGAGUCAAGGACCUCAAAAAAACAAGACAUUGACACAGCAGAAAAACUGUUUAGCUGUGAUCAAUGUGAGAAAGCUUUCACCACUCUACAUAGCUUAAAAAGUCACCAGCGUGUUCACACUGCAGAGAAGUCGCACUGCUGUGACCAAUGUGGGAAAACGUUUUCGCAACUAAUGUCCCUUGAAACUCACCAAAGAAUUCACACAGGAGAGAAACCGUACGGCUGUGAUCACUGUGGGAAAAAGUUUUCCCAAAUCAGAAUCCUAAUAUCUCAUAAACAUAUCCACACUGGUGAGAAACCAUACAGGUGUGAUCAAUGUGGCAAAGCCUUUGCACGGUCAGGGGCCUUAAAAGACCACCAACGUAUUCACACAGGAGAGAAACCAUACAGCUGUGAUCAAUGUGGCAAAGCUUUUGCACUGUCAGGGGCCUUAAAAAGCCACCAACGUAUUCACACAGGAGAGAAACCAUACAGCUGUGAUCAAUGUGGCAAAGCUUUCACACAUUCAAAACACUUGAAAGUCCAUCAACGCAAUCACACAGGAGAGAAACCGUACAGCUGUGAUCAAUGUGGCAAAGCUUUCAAAUGGUUAAGUAACCUGAAAACCCAUCAACGUAGUCACACAGGAGAGAAACCAUACAGCUGUGAUCUAUGUGGCAGAGCGUUUGCACGGUCAGGGGCCUUAAAAGACCACCAACGUAUUCACAAAGGAGAGAAACCAUACAGCUGUGAACAAUGUGGCAAAGCCUUUGCACUGUCAGGGACCUUAAAAAGUCACCAACGUAUUCACACAGGAGAGAAACCACACAGCUGUGAACAAUGUGGCAAAGCCUUUGCACGGUCAGGGACCUUAAAAGACCACCAACGUAUUCACACAGGAGAGAAACCGUACAGCUGUGAUAAAUGUGGCAAAGCCUUUGCAUUGUCAGGGGCCUUAAAAAACCACCAACGUAUUCACACAGGAGAGAAACCGUACUGGUGUGACCAAUGUGGAAGAUUAUUUGCCCGGUGCAGUCAAUUGAGAACCCACCAAUGCCGGCAUGCAGGAGAGAACCCGUACAGCUGUGACUAGUGUGAGAAAGCUUUUAUCGAACGGUUUGACCUAAAAAUCCACCAACGUGUUCACACCAGAGAGAACCCGCCCUGAUGUGACCGAUGUUGGUAGUGAUAUUAAAGCCCACAAAUGUGUUUACCCUGCAUUGUUUUGGACAUUUUCAGGGCCAGGCAAACAUCUUCCUGCCGCUUCCUCCCCAUGCCCUGAUAGCUGUGUUGAUAUCUUACUUUUGUCUUUGAUUAUUUUUAUCUGUCUUUUUAUUUCAAUUAUAAUCCUAUGUUGGACCACCAGAUUCCUCCCCGUAGGACUCUCAUGUGUGAGAGCUGAUGUCGAGGCAGAUAAUGUACUGUUCUAUAUUAAAUGUGAAAAUAAUGUCAGUUGCAAAAGGUCUUAGAAACAGUUGACCAGAUGUCAGAUUUCGCAAUAGGAAGGACUCCUUAUAACAAGUUGUUUUUGUAAUGUUGAGUAAUUCUUGUAUGAUCACGACCAACAGAGAUACUACACAUUUGAAAUUCUUAAGCAAUUAGGUCAGCAACUGCAUGAAACUAGUGCCAUGGCGUGGUAGAAUAGGCAAGCUUUAAAUUGGAUUUUAGCAGAAAAGGUAUGUAAAAUGUUCGGGACGCUCUGUUGUACGUUUAUUUCGAAUAACACUUCGCCUGAUGGAACAUUUUCUGUUGCUAUGAGUAAGCUUGAAGCCUUAAAAUCUGAAAAGACUGAAAAUGCUGGUAAUGGUGGAAGCAUCAAGUGGGAUGGGUUAGAGGAAAUUUUUGGAAAAUGGAGAGCCGUUUUGUCUAAAACAGGGAUAAUUGUACUGAUAGUAUUAAUUCUGUUUUCCUUAUUGACAUGUUGCAUCGUGCCUAUCUUGAAGAAAUGGUGUGAGAGAGCAAUGGACAAGAAGCUGAACCUUGUAACGGGCAUACAAGGAGCACAAAUGCUAAAUAUGCUGACCCCUGAACAAUUGGUGCGCAGAAUUCUUCUGGCACAGAGAGGGUAGGAAAUACCAGAAUUAUUCCCAAUUCCUGAUUACAUAGACAAAUUCAAAUGAUGAGGAGGAACUGUGAAAGAGAGAGAUGAACAAUGGCUGAUGCUCUCUCCUGAAAGAGAGGACGGGGAAUAUAUACACCACAACCACAUACAGGAUAUCACAUAAACAAGAGACUGUGACUGCCGUCAAAUUCUUCUUUUAUUCACUGCUGGUUGGUGAGAAGUGGUGUUUGAUGAUUUUUGGCUGUGGAUUGUGAAGUCUAAAGGUGAUAUUUGGUGGACUGGAACUAGGCCUGUCAUCCCUGGUGGCAGACUAGCCAACAGCCUCAGCUGUAGCCACGACCUGGCCACAGCAGCUUCCACCACCAGGCCACAGCAGCUACCACCACCAGGCCUUAGCAGCUUCCACCACCAGGCCUUAGCAGCUACUACCACCAGGCCACAGCAGCUUCCACCACCAGGCCGCAGCAGAAGCCGCCUCUACUGGGUCAGUGUUGUCUAAUUUGUUUUAACAUACCAGCAGAGCAAAAUGGCAACAGAAGAACUAAAGAAAGGCAUAGAAGACCUGAAGAAUGCGGUAAACAUGAUGUCUCAGGACAUUACCAACAUGACAAAUAAGAUGAGCACCAUGAUGAACCUCAUGAAGGAAAUAAGUGAAAUCAAGAAUUAGAAUGAGGAGCAUGAGAACAGAAUUAUUUCUUUAGAGAACCGCUUGCUGGACUUGGAGCAGUACUCAAGAAUUAAUGAUGUUAUUAUGACAGGACUAAAAAUCAAACCAAAAUCAUAUUCCAAAGCAGUGGAGGGAGAAGACCGACAAGAUAAGGACAGACAUGAAGAGUCAACUGAAGCCUUAGUGACUGCCUUUCUGCAAGAGAAAAACAUCUCAAUCGAUAGAGAUGACAUAGAAGCAUGUCACACAAUUCCUGUAGGUAACAAGACAGACAGGGUAGCCAAUCAUGUCAUCAUUAUCAGAUUUGCCAAUAGAAAGAAAAAAGUUCACCUACUCAAACAGGGCAGAAAGCUAAAGGGCACUGAUGUAUAUCUAAAUGAGCAUCUCAUCAAAAGAAAUGCUGACAUUGCAAGAAAAGCAAGAUUCUUGAGGAAACAGGGAAAGCUGCAGCCUACGUGGACCCACAACUGUAAGGUAUUUGUCAAAUUGAAUGGAAAUCCAGAACAGGCUAAAGUUUUAUGCAUCAGGAGCUUGGAGGAGCUAAAUGAACUAUUGUAAUAAAGAA